UACACGUCCCGCUGUCGGCGGCCUAGUCUCGAGUCACGCGUUAAACCGUACGGUACAAUCCGGGAGAUAUUUUUUAAAGUGUUAAGUGUGAAGUGAAUUUAAGUGCUGGUAAAUUUUAUCGGUACCAAGACAUAACACAAACAGAAUACAGUACAAAACAAUGACACUUUGACAUAAACACUAAACAAUACUAAUAGGUACUAUUUUUGUGAUAGAAGACACCUAUUCUUAUUUAAAUGGCGUUUGUAAGUGACCUCUGGAACUCACUCGUUGGUAACAACGAGAAAGAAGAGAAAACUUGGCGAGAAGUAUCAAGAUUUUACUUUGACGGUACUCGGAAAUACUUCUCCGUAUCAGAAGUUGAUAAGGAAGCGAUACCAAUAGUUUUCGGCGAAUGUCAUAAGAUUGGUUUCAAUAGACACGGUUUCGGUUACAAUUUUACGCCGCUCAAUUUCAUUAGUGUGUACCACAUUGACACGAGAAGAGCUGAAGUCAAAAUGCCGUCCGGCCACAUAGACCAGCCCCAGAUCGAAGACAACAGAGAUGGAACAGUCAGCAUCAAGUACGAGCCGCGAGAGGAGGGAGUCCACGAACUCUUCGUCAAGUACAACGGUGAACAUGUACAAGGUUCACCCUACAAGUUCCACGUCGACUCCAUAUCAUCAGGAUAUGUGACGGCAUACGGUCCUGGUCUCCUGAACGGUGUGAGUGGAGAGCCUAGCGAGUUCACCAUCAGCACCAAGGGAGCAGGCUCCGGUGGACUGUCCAUGGCUGUGGAGGGACCUAGCAAAGCUGAGAUCACAUGCCACGACAACAAAGACGGAACAGUCUCCGUGUCGUACCUGCCCACCGCUCCCGGAGAGUACAAGAUCUCCGUCAGGUUCGGAGACAAACACAUCAAGGGAUCCCCUUACACCGCUAAGGUCACCGGUGAGGGUCGCAAGAGGAACCAGAUCUCUGUGGGCAGCUGCAGUGAAGUCACUCUCCCUGGCAAGAUCAACGACAAUGACAUCCGUACCCUCAAUGCUUCCAUCCAGGCACCAUCAGGCUUAGAAGAGCCCUGCUUCCUCAAGCGUCUUCCCUCUGGCAACAUUGGCAUCAGCUUCACUCCUCGCGAGGCUGGUCAGCACAUUGUCUCCGUGAAGAAGAUGGGAGUCCACAUCCAGAACUCACCGUUCAACAUCACCGUACUGGCUCAGGAAGUUGGUGAUGCCAAGAAAGUCAAGGUUUCCGGCGACGCUCUGAAGGAGGGCAAGACUCACUCCGAGAACACCUUCAGCGUAGACACCAGGAACGCUGGUUACGGUGGUCUCUCACUCUCCAUCGAAGGUCCCAGCAAGGCUGAGAUCCAGUGCGCAGACAGCAAGGAUGGCGUGUUGGCCAUCAGCUACAAGCCCACGGAGCCAGGAUACUACAUCGUCAACCUGAAGUUCGCUGACCAUCACGUUGAGGGAUCUCCCUUCACUGUUAAGGUCACUGGUGAGGGCAGCAACAGGCAAAGAGAGAAGAUCCAAAGGCAGAGGGACCCUGCUCCUCUCACGGAGGUCGGCACCAACUGCAAGCUGACCUUCAAAAUGCCAGGCAUCACCUCCUUCGACCUGGCCGCCACCGUCACCAGCCCUGGUGGUGUCUCCGAGGACGCUGAGAUCCAGGAGGUGGAGGAUGGCCUGUACUCCGUGCACUUCGUCCCUAAGGAGUUGGGAGUCCACACUGUCUCUGUCAAGUACAGGGAAAUUCAUAUUCCUGGAUCACCCUUCCAGUUCACAGUAGGUCCCCUCAGGGAUUCUGGAGCCCAUUUAGUCAAGGCUGGUGGUCCAGGGUUGGAGAGAGGAGAGGCUGGUCGCUUCAACGAGUUCAACGUCUGGACCCGUGAAGCUGGGGCUGGUCAGCUCGCCAUCUCCCUUGAAGGUCCCAGCAAGGCUGAGAUUGAUUUCAAGGACAGGAAGGAUGGUUCCUGCGAUGUGUCCUACAAAGUUGAUGAGCCUGGCGAAUACCGCAUCGGUCUCAAGUUCAACGAGCAGCACAUCCCUGACUCUCCCUUCAAGGUCUACAUCUCACCAGCUGUUGGAGACGCCCACCUUCUUGAAGUGGCUCAGUUCCCCGACUCAGCACAAGUGGACAAACCCACACAGUUCUACAUCAGGCUCAAUGGAGCCAAGGGUAGCUUGGAUGGCAGGGUGAUCGCCCCAUCAGGCAAGACAGACGACUGCUUCAUCCAGAACAUUGACGGAGACCAGUACAGCAUCAGGUUCAUGCCAAGGGAGAAUGGUGUCCACAACAUCAACGUCAAAUUCAAUGGAGUCCAUAUUCCUGCGUCUCCGUUAAGGAUCAAGGUCGGAAAGGAUGAUGCCGACCCUGCAGCAGUUCACGCUCAUGGACCUGGAUUGGGAGCAGUCAAGACUGGUGUGAAGACGGAUCUGAUCAUCGACACCUGCAAUGCUGGAGUUGGUCUGCUGGCAGUCACCAUGGAUGGACCUUCAAGAGUUGCUAUGGACUGCACGGAUGUGGAUGAGGGUUACAAGGUUCGUUACACACCUCUUGCGCCUGGAUUCUACUACAUGAGUAUAAAGUACAACGGUGCUCACAUCGUCGGAUCGCCGUUCAAGAUUGAAGCUACUGGUGCAAACCUCGCCGAAGUAGGAGCUCAAGAAACAUCAUCAGUAACCGUGGAGACAGUUCAGAAGGUUGCCAAGUCCAUGCAGAAGCAGGGUCCAGUGCUGCCGAACUUCAAGUCUGACGCCUCCAAGGUUACCAGCAAGGGUAUGGGCCUGAAGAAGGCGUACCUUAACAAACAUAACCAGUUCACGGUGCACGCCGGAGAUGCUGGUAACAACAUCCUCUACGUGGGUAUCUACGGACCCAAGGGUCCCUGUGAUGAGGUCCAGCUCAAACAUAAAGGAAAGAACAACUAUGAAUGCUGGUACGUAGUCAGAGACAGGGGAGAUUACAUCGUCAUCGUCAAAUGGGGAGAUGAACACAUCCCCGGCUCCCCCUACAAGGUGGAAGUUUAAGGGAGAAAAGUAAAAAGGGGGUUGGGGUGAUAGUGCAUACAAACUAAAACUAAAAAAAAAAAAUAUUUUUUGAAAUGUAUUAUUUUUUCUGGUGUAUUUUUCUUUUUCUGAAAUUCUCUAGUCAUUUCUUUUUGUAUUUAUUUUUUGUUUUUAGAAGCAAAAUGUUUAGGCUGUAUGCGCUAUCAUAGUUUCUUAAUUUAAUUUUAGUUUUCUUAAAAUAUUAUUUGGAUAUGGUUUAGAAAUUCUUACUUACAAAAAGUAAUUGUAAUAAAAUACAAAUAAAUUCAUGUUUUUCUUUAAUACUGCAUAUUGAUUUUCUAGACAUAUCUAAAUAUGUUUUAAGUAUAUUACCAAAGCUUGAUUUAAACUACAGGAUAAGGAAAAGGUUUGUACAUCCAUCUUGUUACUUUGAUCUCUUAAAUACCGUGAUUUUUAUUGAUUUUACCUCCCAGUUGUGACUAGUCAUCAGAUUAUAUUGUCAAAAAGUAAUAAUAGUUAUAUUAAUAUGCAAUUCUUUGGUAUAAUCUGAAGUAUUUUUAAUUAUAGGCGUCGUCAGAAAAUAUUUUUCUUUAAGAGUAUAGAAAAAGAUAAAACCACCUAUUUCACGGUAGUGACAAUUUUAUUAGUAAAAAGAAACCUUUUCACUAUCCAUCCCGUGUUUUUCUUGAUCCUUUAUAUUAUCUAUAAUUAAUUUUAAAACAUCAUCAUUAUCAGUCAUCUCAAUUUCCUAUUACAUAUAUUAUAAUAAGCAUUUUUACAGAAGUUCUAACUAAAUAUACAAUAUACAGUAAAUAAUGGUUUUUGCUUUACGGCAACGAUGCCGAUUUGUCAGAUGCAAUGUCGAUAGAUCAUUGUGAUUAUUUUUUACUUUUUUGUGUUUUGUAUUUUAUUUUUUGUAGUGUAUUUUUAGUUUUUUCUCUAGUAUCGGAGUUGAUUGUUUGUAUUUUUCUUUGCUUAUUUAGAAACGGUAGGCGUAUAUGUGUAACUCCAACGUCUAAGUUUUUAAUUUUUACUAAAAUCUAAGUCUAGAUCUUAUUUUUGUCAGACUGAUUUUUCUUUUUAUUGAAUGUGCCAUUUUUAUUUUAUACAAUAUUUCUAUCGAUGUUUUAUUUACAUAAUAAAAUGA